GACGAGAGAAUUCUUCUUCUUCUUCUUCCUAUUUCCUUCUCUAAUUCAUAAACACAGAAGUCUGCAAGAUUGCUGCUUCCAGACUUUGAAUUGAAGGGACUCCUGGAGGUGAUUUGCUCAAGCCUACCAGCAAUUUGUAGUGGGGGCAAAUAACACUCUAAGGAGAGUGAAUCAUUCACGCCUUCAAUCAAUUCUUUCCUACCAGAUCCUCACAAUCGUGUCUCCCCUGCUCUACCUUCAUUCUUAUUUAUAGCCUACAGAUAGAACUCGGGAACUUGGUGUUAAAAUAUAUUAGCUUAAGUACCAAUGUGUAAUUAGCCACAAUUGUUUAAUGUAAUUAGAACUAGGGUUAAUCUCCUAUAUAGGAGCCGGCCAUACAUCCCUGUACAAUUAACGAGUAUAGUGAAAACCUAUUGAAGAGCACAGCCUCUUCCGUGGACUAGUCCUGGCAACAGGGAUACCACGUUAAACUCCGUGUGUUCUUUACUUUCAGCUUGAUUCUUUACAUGGUAUCAGAGCCUCCGUGCUAAAGGUUAGUUCGUUCUUCUUGGUGGAUUCGGAUCUGCAGCGUUUGAGUUUUCUUUCCCUUCCUUGUUACGAUCGUCGUUGGCGCUUGGAUUGGAAGUUUGUGCUGCUGUUAGGGUUCCGCCGUCAGGGUCUUCGCGCGCCAGUUGAGGUCUGUUGUUUGGUGUUGGUGUGCAAGUUUGGGUCGUCGUUAUUGGGUUUCUUUCUGCGCUGGUUGGGUUUCGUUUGUGCAACGUGGUUAUUAUGGAUUUCUCCAAAAUGGAAGCAGUCACUACUAAGUUUGAUGGUCGUAAUUUUUCAAUAUGGGAGUUUCAAUUCCGCAAUUUUGUGGCGGGUAAGAGGCUUCUUCCAAUUUUAUUGGGUGAAGUUAAGGCUCCAAUGGAGGGUACUGAUGCGGCUGAUGCGGUUGAUUGGCAUGCUGCCAAUGCCCAGAUUAUUCAUUGGUUGGUGGCUACGGUGGACAUUCCGACGGCUCUCAGCCUUCGUCGAUUUCGCACGGCGCAUGAGAUGUGGAGUUAUAUCUGCACUACCUAUUCGCAAAAUACAGCCUCCCAUCAGUUUGAGAUGGAAGGAGAGAUCGCUCGUCUUGCUCAGGGCGAUCGCGAUGUUCGCGUCUAUUAUCAAGAGUGUCUUCAUUUGUGGACGGAAUACGACUUGCUGACUGUCCCUCUUGUUCCCGAUGUUGCUGCUGUGGCAGUUCAGGCCGAGCGAGAUCGCACUCGUGUUCUUCAAUUCUUAGCGAAGCUUCGGCCUGAGUUCGAACCCAUCCGAGCCUCAUUGAUUCAUCGCAAUACUACGAGUGUUGAUUCUGUUGUUGCUGAGCUUAUGCGGGAGGAGACCCGACUUCGUAGUCAAUCCCAGAUUGAUCAUGCCACUCCACAUGCUGAACCCGCCUUUGCUGUAGGCCGCCCGGCUGCUGUCUCUCGUCCCUCCUCUGGUCGGCCGACUUCAGCUGCCUCUACUGGGACGGUGACGUGCUUCUUCUGCCAGGAGACAGGUCACGUUCAGACCUACUGCAUUUUUUGUAAAAGUUCAGGCCAUAUUGUCUCUGAGUGCCCCACGUUACGACGGCGGGGGAAGUUGCGUCCUGUUCCCUCCUUUGGUAGCUCGACUUCCCGGGCUGUGGCAUAUCCGGUGACUGCUGAAUCCUCGGCUUCUCUUACUCGUGAUCAGGUCAACCAGAUGGUUCAAGACGCUCUUCGUGAUGCUCUCUCGUCUGCGUUCUCAACUGGUCUCCCAUCUGGUAAGUCUCUUCGUUGGAUGUUGGAUUCUGCAGCUUUUAAUCACAUGACGCAUCAUCGUUCUGCAUUUGGGACUUUACGUCCGAUAUCUCCUAUGAGUCUUCAAGUAGCUAAUGGGGCAACUCUCCCCGUUCAGGGUGCUGGUACUGCUAGUACUGGUUCAGUGUCUCUCCCUGACACUCUUUAUGUUCCUCAGCUCGUUCCCAAUCUGGUAUCCGUUGGUAAGCUCACAGAGGAUGGUUGUGAUGUCGUGUUUGAUUAUGCUGGGUGUGUUGUGCAGGAUCGGGAGACGGGGAGGGUGCUCGGGACAGGAAGUAAGGUGGGCCGUUCAUUUAUCCUUGAUGAUCUACGUGGGCGUGCAUGCAUGGAACCACAGGGUGCAUGGGAUGGUGGUGGCACGUCGCCUACAUUGGGUCACCAAGGGAAGUCUGGGCCGCAGCAAGCUUGUGAUGGGUCCAAGGAGACUUGUGAUGAGAUUUUAUCUAAGGAGAAUGACUUUGAUGCUCCUGUUUUUAGUUCGAAUAUUUCUGUUGAUUCAUUAUGGGAUUUAUGGCACAAUAGGUUGGGUCACCCUCAUGAUGGGAGAUUAAAGACUAUGUUUAGCAAUAAUUUGUUGCCGGAUAAAUUGGAUUUGGUGAAGUAUGCUGGGGAUUUUUCGGAUUGUGUGAGCUGUUUGGAGGCAAAAGCUUCUCAAUCUUCUUUCUCAUCUAGCGACACUGUCUAUGAUGAACCGUUCGAUUUGGUGCAUUCUGAUCUUUGGGGCCCCUCUCCCGUGCCGGAUAAAUUGGAUUUGGUGAAGUAUGCUGGGGAUUUUUCGGAUUGUGUGAGCUGUUUGGAGGCAAAAGCUUCUCAAUCUUCUUUCUCAUCUAGCGACACUGUCUAUGAUGAACCGUUCGAUUCGGUGCAUUCUGAUCUUUGGGGCCCCUCUCCCGUCACUUCGCGAUUAGGAUACCGGUAUUUUGCUUUGUUUAUUGACCAUACAACUCGAUUUACUUGGGUUUACUUCCUAAAACAGAAAUCUGAGUUAACUAAAGUGGCCAAAGAGUUUGUGCAAAUGGUGAAAACUGAGUUUGGCAAAACGAUCAAGGUGUUGCGAUCUGAUCCCGGUGGCGAAUACACGCCUAAUGAGCUUCUGGCAUUCUUCAAAGCAGAAGGUAUUCUUCCCCAACAAUCAUGUCCGGGUGUUUCACAGCAGAACGGUGUAGUCGAACGUAAGAACGGGCAUGUACUGGAAUUGACAAGAGCUAUUCUGUUUUUCUCAAAGGUCCCAACGGGAUUUUGGGUGGAGGCGGUUCAUACCAUUGUCUAUCUGAUUAACAGUCAGAUAACUCCGCUGCUCGGCCAACGAUCUCCUUAUCAGGCUCUAUACUCGAAGCUUCCAGAUUAUUCUUUUCUCCGGAUCUUUGGGUGUACCUGUUUUGUUCUACUGCAGAGAAAGGAGCGGCACAAACUGGCUCCAAAGGUUGCUCGGUGUAUAUUUAUGGGGUACAGUGACAAGCAUAAAGGUUAUAUGUGUUAUGACCCAGUGGCUCGUCGUAUGAGGGUAGCAUAUCAUGUUAAAUUUCUGGAGAAUCAUAUGCACUAUCAUUCAUCACCUACUGAGGCUAGCACUGCCGAGACUUUAGCCUUCCUGCAGAACUGGCCGAGUUUUGAAACUACUCCUUCGAUCCCUCUCGAACUUACUACUGAUUCCAGUUCCACGAGUUCCGGUACCCACGGUGAGCCCACCUCACCUACUGCUUCGGGGCAUGGUAGUCCCUCUUCCUCGUCGGGUUCCACGAGUCGCGACUCUUCGUAUGGAGCGUCGAGCACAUCGGGAUCUUCUUCCCACUCCGCGUCGUCGAGUCCCUCGAGCGCCUCUUCUGGGUCUUCGUCUACAGCUACAGCCCAGUCGACACCUCCUACACCGCCUGUUCUUCCUCUACGCCGCUCCGCCCGAUCCACAUUAGGCCGUCCUCCGGCCCGUAUGAGUGACUUCAUUAGCUAUUCUACAGAGCCGAUUUUUGUUCCUCGUUCUUAUUCUCAGGCUGUUCGUGAUCCUCGUUGGAACUCGGCCAUGCGGGUUGAGAUGGACGCGUUAGAGGAGAAUCAUACGUGGGAGCUUGUUCCCCGUCUGGAUGGGAUGUCCGUUAUUGGUUGUCGAUGGGUUUAUACUGUCAAAAUGCUCCCAGAUGGUGCUGUUGAUAAGUUUAAAGCUCGCUUGGUUGCACAGGGAUUCAAGCAGGAGUAUGGUAUUGACUAUGAGGAGACGUUUGCCCCAGUUGUCAAAAUGCAGACUGUUCGAUCAGUGUUUGCGGUUGCUUCUAUGCAAGGUUGGCCUCUCCUUCAACUUGAUGUGAAGAAUGCCUUUCUUCAUUGUGACUUAAAGGAGACAAUAUAUAUGGAGAGACCUCCGGGCUAUGAUACAGGUGAUUCUUCUAUGGUUUGCAAGCUUGUUCGCUCUUUGUAUGGGCUCAAACAGGCACCUCGUGCUUGGUUUGAGAAAUUUCAUAGCACUCUUACUCAAGUGGGCUUCGCUCAGAGUGUGAAUGACCCCUCUCUGUUUACUCGGAAUACUGUUGAUGGUAUUGUGGUUCUCCUGGUGUACGUCGAUGAUAUGAUUAUUACGGGUAGUGAUCCGGAUGGCAUUCGUGACAUUACAGCUAUACUGCGAAAUGCUUUUAACUUGAAAGAAAUGGGGGAGGUGUCAUACUUCCUUGGGCUCGAAGUUCAUCGGUCUUCGCAAGGGUUGUUUGUGUCUCAACGGAAAUACAUUCUGGAUCUCUUGGACUCGGCGGGCUUUUCUGAUUGUGUUCCCUGCUCCACCCCCAUGGAGCAAAAUCUUAAGUUGAGCAGAGACCAGGGGGAAGUGAUGAGUGAUCAAUCGGUUUACAGGAGCCUAGUUGGGAGUCUCAUUUACUUAACUCACACUCGCCCGAACAUUUCUUAUGCGGUUCAGGUUGUAAGUCAGUAUAUGGGAAGAGCGACUAAUCUUCAUUUGGCAGCUGUUCACAGACUUCUGCGAUAUCUAAAGCAGACUCAGGACGUCGGGAUGUUCUUUCCCGCUGAAGGUGAACUGACUGUAGAAGCUUUUGCAGAUGCAGACUACGCUGGGUGUGUGGACACUAGGAGGUCAACGUCGGGCUGGUGUAUUCGGGUUGGAAACUCCUUUGUAUCAUGGCGUUGUCGGAAGCAGGAUAAAGUGUCCAAGUCCUCCACUGAAGCCGAAUACAGGUCGAUGUCUGAGGUCAGCUCAGAGUUGGUAUGGAUACAUCGUUUGCUUGAAGAGUUGGGCGUACGUUGUUAGGUCCCGAUGCGGCUCUAUGGGGAUAACACUAGUGCGAUACAGAUUGCUAGUAAUCCUGUAUUGCAUGACAGAACUAAACACAUUGAGGUUCAUGCCCAUUACAUUAGACAGUUGGUGGCAGAAGGAUUGAUACAGGUGGGUUAUCUCUCGACAGAAGAUCAGACUGCAGAUCUCUUGACAAAGGCAGUCAGUUCUAAUCGACAUUGGUACUUAUCGUCCAAAUUGAUGUUGCGCACCGCACAUCAAUUUGAGAGAGGGUAUUAAAAUAUAUUAGCUUAA